GCCCGAAGUCAGUCCAAUUUGAGGUCUCUCCCAAUGCAUUGCCAUAGACGACUGGUUGCGGCGGCGAUUGUCGCCUGCAUUCUGGUCUGCAGUCUCGCAACGGACGCCUCGGCCAAGAAGCCACCAAACGCAUCGAACAAGCACACCCAUGACAAGGCAGAUAGCAAGUCGCACAGCAAGUCGAGCCACAGCAAGUCGAGCCACAGCAAGUCGAGCCACAGCAAGUCGAACCACCACGGCAAGGCGAAUGCGAACCAAGGAACACCCGACGUACAUCCCGACGCACCCGCGCACUCGUCCAGCAGCCUAUGGAACCAGCCAGACAGCGCGUUCCUGCGCGAACUAUUUGUCAACUUUGCGCCGGGGAUGCCCACAGCCGUGACGGAGGACCAGACGAGCGAUUCGACGAGGAAGCAGCACGAUUCGCAGCAGCAAGGCGAGUCGCAUCAUCGUGCUGGCAGUAGUAGUGAAGACGCAUUCGGUGGAAGUACCAUCAACGACAAGCAGCGCAAUGCUAGACGAGCCUACGUCCGAGCGCAGGCCGGCGGAAUCGAUCCUGCGCGGUGCCAGCCGGGCUUGCCUCGCCUGUUCGGCACAAAGACCGUCUACUGGGACCAAGUCGGCGACGAUCACAACCGUCACAUUGGAUGUGGAGACGCUGCUUCACCCUACUUGCUCGAUGGCGAGCAGCCGGCGAAACAGCCACGCACGCUCGUAGAACCGCAGCACGAGCCGGAAUUCUGCAAACCAGUCCAUCUCUCCAUGACCUUCCGCCAUGGCACUCGAUACCCGAGCACGGGCGAUAUUCGCAAGCUAGAUAAACUCCUCGUAGAAUUGCAAACUAUCGGCCCAUUGAUCACCAACCCCAAGCACCAGUGGAUUCGUGGGUGGCAAAACCCCUUCCUGGCGAGCGACGACAAGACGCUCGCGCCUCGGGGCGAGGCAGAGCUGUUCACCCUCGCUCGUCGGCUUGUCCGAAAGUAUUCCAACGUGUUCAUUGAGCCCUACCACCCGAACAAGUAUGAGUUUACCUCGACGCGAACGACACGCUGCGCACAAAGCGCCGCGUCGUUUGCUCAAGGCGUGUUUGAAGGCAACGGCAGACUCGGAACCACGUCGCACCAGCCCAUCGCCAUCUUGUCAGAGUCCGUUCUCCGCGAUAACUUGCUCCGUUUCUUUGACAGCUGCCAGCUCUAUGUCUCUGGUGUGAUUGAGAACAAGACUGCAAUGGCUGAGCAGAAAAAGUUCCUGAACGGCCCUGUUCUCCAAGAAAUCGCCACCUCUGUCGCUCAACGACUCCAUCCACUGCCUCAACAGCUCCCGAAUGAGGAAGUGACCGACACAAAGUACCGGGACAAGCCCUGGAAGCAAUUCAAAAAGAAGGGAAAGGGUGCCGCUGCCCCCACUGCGGAACCUGCUGCACCCACUGUCGCGGACAGCCCGAUCGAAAUUGGUACUGCAAACGACACCAUCCAGCUGGCUCCUCGCACGGUGGUAGCCAUGUACCUUGCUUGCGCGUUUGAAAUUGCCUUCAACAACACUGCCCGCUGGUGUUCCCUUUUCAGUCGCGACGACUUGGAGGCGAUUGAGUACAUGGGCGAUCUGAAGCAUUACUGGGGUCGAGCUUACGGCUACGACAUCAACCUUCAAUCCAGCUGCUUGCUGUUCAAGGACAUGUACACAUCCGUCGUUCAGUCGGCCAGAGGCGAAAACCUCUUGCGUCGUGCCACCUUCCGCUUUGCUCAUGCGGAAACGCUCAUUCCGCUGUUUGCGUACAUGGGCUUGUUCAAGGACGAGGAGGAAAUCCGAGCCGACAACUUUGCGCCGGAAAGCCGAAACCGAAAGUUCCGCGCCUCGACCAUGAUGCCAUUUUCUGGCAAUGCCGGCUUUGUGCUGUACGAAUGCGACGAAGCAGCUCGCCAGACUGCAGCCCGUCAGGAACGCGAUGUUCUUGUCCACGAAAUCGCCAACACUGUCAAGCUGCAACAGCGUCUGCUUGGCAGGCCACUGCCGUCCGCUCGGGAGAAACUGGGCCAACUGCAGCUCGCGCUGGCCGGGCUCCAAGCACAGUUGCAGGAGGUGGAGCAGCGGUUGCAGAACGGCUCUACCAGCCCCGUGUCUCACCUUGUCAAGUUUACCGUCAACGAACGCGCCAUGCCUUUGGAGCGCUGCGGCGGCAAGGAGCUGUGCCCGUUUGACGAGUUUGUGGCUGGGUACCAGCCCUUGGUCGACGCCUGCGAUUUCGAUGGGUUGUGCAUGCCUGGCGGUGACAAGUUUGCUCAUCCGUCCGCAGAACAGCUUCUCGCUGAAGAAUCCGAGCAAACCGAGGGGCAGCCUUUCCAUGGCUCUUCUCCGUAGUGCUGUAGUUGGCAUAAUGCAAGUAGCCAUUUUUGCUACGUGUAUGUCUACGAGUAUGUUUGGCAGCAUGUAGGCUGCCGAGGUCGAAAAUAAAACAAAAAGGAAACGAAAU